GACGGUAGACUAUUACUGAAUUUUGCGAUAUGUAAGCGUCCCUGUUUUUCUUCGCGAGAAAUGUUAAUUGUUUAACAAAAAUAACGAUUCUUCCGUCGGAAAAGCGAUUAUUGGUGUUAUUGACGAUAAUUAAUUAGUUUUACAAACAGUAGGGAUUAUAUUAAAAGUGCUACACUAACGAAAAUCCUGCCUGUCCUACCUCAACACCGUAAAGCGCUGUUACGUUGAGUUUUGAUGCUAAGGGUUGAACCCACCUCAAAAUGACAGAGAUAAUUUAUCCACCUGGAUGCCGCCCCAUCAGCGAAGAUCUGGGUCCCGACGAGCUCAUUCGUCGCCUAAAGACUUUAGCCCAUACUUUACAGGCCAUGGGACAAGAUGAUGGGGCCUACAAGCAAUAUGUACCACUCAGCUUACAUUUGGCCGAGGACAUAUUCUUGAACCAUCCUUCUAGAGAUGUGCAGCUGUUGAUUGCUUGCUGUAUCGCGGAUGUAUUGAGGGUUUACGCGCCCGAAGCUCCCUACCAAGACCCCGACCAAGUAAAAACAAUAUUUUUAUUUUUAAUCGCCCAAUUAUCGGGGCUUAAAGACCCAAAAGAUCCUGCUUUUAAAAGAUACUUUUAUCUGCUGGAAAACUUGGCUUACGUCAAAUCGUUCAACAUGUGUUUUGACUUGCAGGACUGCCAGGAAAUUUUCUGCGCCCUGUUUCAGUUGAUGUUUAAAAUUGUUAAUGACGAACAUUCCGGUCGCGUAAAGAGUUUUAUGUUAGACGUCCUGUGUCCGUUGAUUACCGAGAGUGACAUGGUAGGAAAUGACUUGUUGGAUAUUAUUCUGAUGAAUAUAGUGGAACCGAAUAAGACACAGCACAAAAACGCUUAUUUUCUUGCUAAAGAGCUUGUCAUAAAAACAUCCGAGACUUUGGAGCCGUAUAUUCAAGCGUUUUUUAACCAGGUUUUGAUAUUAGGCAAAGCCGACCAAAACCUCCAAAUAUCAAGCAAAGUAUACGACCUGAUCUACGAACUGAACCACAUCUGCCCGCAAAUCUUAGUGUCAGUGCUGCCCCAACUGGAGUGUAAACUAAAAAGUACCCACGAAAGUGAACGUUUGGCCGCGGUCGCUCUACUCGCUAAAAUGUUUAGCGAGAAAGAAUCGGAGUUGCCUAGGAGACACGGCCCCCUGUGGAGGGCGUUCCUCGGUCGAUUCAACGAUAUUUCUGUGGCCAUCCGCACCAAAUGCGUGCAAUACUCGAUGCACUUUCUACUGAACCAUCCGGACCUGCGGAAGGACAUCACGGAAACGUUGAAGAUGAGACAACACGAUUCGGACGAAAAUGUGCGGUUUCAGGUGGUCAUGUCGAUAGUGACCACGGCGAGGAACGACUUCCAGGUGGUCUCGGACUCUGAGGACCUCUUGGAGUUUGUUAAGGAGCGAACGUUGGAUAAAAAGUUUAAGAUUCGUAAAGAAGCAAUGGCCGGAUUAGCGUUGAUUUACAAGAAGCAUCUGAGCGAUCCAGACGUGCCGAAUGCGACUAAAAAGGCGGUGACUUGGAUUAAAGACAAGAUUUUACAUGGAUACUAUAUGGCUGGGAUGGAGGACAAACUGUUAGUCGAAAGGUUGUUAAAUACUUGUUUAGUUCCUUACCAGUUGCCAGCCGCGGAAAGGAUGAAGAAACUGUACCAUUUGUUGGGUACCGUGGACGAACACGCGACCAAAGCCUUUAUGGAACUGCAAAAGAAUCAGUUGUGCGUCAGGAAAUUGGUUUUAGAAUGGUUGGAUCUACACAAAAAAUUCACCACAACAAACAGCCCGGACGUGCAAAAAGAUAUCGCGUAUAAAGUGACCGCCCUAUCGCGGUGCCUGCCCGAACCAGUCAAAGCCCACGAGUUUUUAACCAAGUUUAGCAAUCAUUUAAGAAAAGAUCCAGAUUUAAUGGAAAAAUUCGAAACGGUCGCUCGACCAACAGUGAGCUGCAAAGAAUGUUCUGAAGGUACUGCCGCAGUACUAAAGAAACUCGGCGCCCCCGUAAUGACAAAUCUAUACUAUAACAUGGUCAAAAUGCUGUUGGAACGUAUCAGCUCAGUAAUGAUUGAUCACGAAGCUUUAGGGAUUUUGAUACGGUACGUAGAAGAUUGCCUUAGGGGCGGCAAUAGCAUAGAAGAGAUCGGGCUUCAUCCUACGACCGCGGGCGAACGGGGAUUGAAAUUGUUGGUGAUGCUCAGCGUGAUUUUUCCGUCACACUUUCAUCAUGCGGAUAUUUUGGAAGAUUUGAUGGACUUGCUGCGUUUGGAUGAUGUCAACGUGGCCCCGUUAGUGUUGACCGUAUUCACUUUCCUCGGGAAAUACAAGUGUUUGUAUGAACAAUUCCCCAAUCUAAUGAACACUUUAGCGCCGAUUUGCAAAGAUUUCGCUUGCACGGGAACCCCAAAACAAGCGAAAGGAGCUAUUCACUGCAUCCACAAGAACAUGCCCGAUUUACACGACGAACUGUUUGCCCAAAUCCUGGAGGCGGUCAAAGAAAACUUGAAUCCGGAAUCGAACCAUUACAGAACGGCAAUCGUGGCCCUCGGUCAUAUCGCCUUCACUUUUCCCGAAAAAUAUAAAGUGCCUAUUAAAAAUAUCGUCUCUAGAAAGAUUGUUAAAGAGUUAUUAGUAAAAGAUAUAAGGGAGAGCGAGGAAGAGGAGUACAGUUCUAUGCUGGAUAGUGCUGCAACUUGGUGUCCGGAAGAUGAACUGCCCGAAGAUACGAGGUGUAAAGUCGAAGGUUUGAAGGCAAUGGCUAGAUGGCUCUUAGGUCUAAAACAAGAUGUAGCUUCUGCCCAAAAAACCUUCAGAAUGCUGAACGCUUUCAUCCUACAUAAAGGUGAUCUCCUUCAAAGCGGUAAACUGUCAAAAGCCGAAAUGUCUUGGCUUAGGUUAGCCGCAGGCUGUGCUAUGUUAAAAGUCUGUGAACAGAAGGGUGUAGGAGACCAAUACACCGCUGAGCAGUUUUACAACUUGUCCCAGUUGAUGUGCGACGAGGUAAAGCAAGUUAGGGAAAUUUUUGCCUCUAAACUACACAAAGGACUCAACAAAGGUUUACCAAACAAGUGCCUUCCCUUAGACUUUAUGGGAUAUUAUGCCUUAGCGGGACGGGAAUCCGACCACCGACUGCGCUCCCUGAUUAGGAAUUAUAUGUUAAAUGAUAUAAACAGGAGGCGAGAUUACGUGAAAACUAUCACAAUGGGCAACACGACGGCGGAAAGCAGGGCGAUGGUGCAACUGCCUCACAUUUUACCAGAUUAUAUGCUCGUCUUUGCGAUACCGGUGUUAGCACAUGAUCCACGAUUGAUGAGAUGGGAUAAUUUGACAGAGCUGCAAGCAGCCCAGCAGUGUCUCUGGUUCGUUCUGGAGCCGCUAGUUACAAAAAAUGACUAUUUCAGUUUCGGAUUCUAUAAAACUUUGAUCGAGAAGAUGAAAAAUCAUAAAGAUGCAGUUCGGCCGGACGACGACCAUUUAAAUUACAAAUUAUGGGCACUAUGCGACUUAACGACCGGCUUAAUCCUAACGAAAGCGUCCAACUACGACAUGAAAGACGUGCCGACCGACACGCGGAUACCGACAAUGCUGUUCGCCCCGCAGAAAAAUUUCCAAAACACGCGAGUCUUCUUGCCGCCAGAACUCCAGUACCAACCGAACAAGAAAAUGCUGACGUUGAGCAUGUUGAACAACGAAAACCGGGAAAAAGUCGGCAGGAAAUCGAAGUAUAUUAAACAGGAGGGAUGCGGACCGCUAGGAACUGAUGUACAACCUUCUGAAGCGUCAGAAACGAAAAUUUCAGUGCCUGGUUUGGAAGAAUCGUCGAUCCAAGAGGAGGGACCGCCGGCAAAACGGCUAAGAGAACGUAUAAGAAAUGACGAGGAUAAAUGAUGUACAUACCGAGUGUUUUUUUAAGUUAAGUUUUAACGAGUUUAAACCAAAAGUUGAUUUUUGGGAAAUAAUAUGAGACAGACGUAUAGGUUAUUUGGUAGGUUCCUGCAUUGAGUAACAGUUUGUCGCGACUUACUCGCGUAAAAUACGGGAAAGUUAUUUUUAUAUACGUAUUGUGUUGGGAGAACCGGAUUCUUGUGACUAUUUAGUUUAAGUAUUAUCCGUUUAAGCGAUGUUGUAUUUACCUUUAUAUUUAUUUUAUUAUUAGCCCGUUCACACACACUGUCUGGUUUCUAAUUACUUUGUGAAAGAUGUACAUUAAUUGAUCGACCAGGCUUCAUUUGGAAUAAUACCUAUUUUUGUCUACAUUAGAAACUAGGAAUUUUGUUAAGCGUUUUAAAUAAUAAAACAACUCCUGUAAAUAA